AAGCGCCCUCAUUGCCAGGAAAACAAACAUGGCGACGGCGGUUAAAACUUAGAAAUCUGUCGCUAGUAGUAGUAAUCGGUACGUGCGGUGACCGUCAGUCACACUAGCCUAGGCAUAGGCCUAACACCCUUUCUCCUUUUCGAUAGCUCAGCUCAGACGGACUUCAACCAACUAGGUACGCCCAUCCGUGCACUUCGUGUCGCAUCGUUCGUUGUGCAACAUGAUGUUCACCAUGUAGCAGUCCAUCAUGGUUCCUGUGGCAACCUUCUCGAGGUCAUUGCCCCUAUUAUUCAGGUUCUGCAAGUACUGCAGCCAACAUUGGCAUCAUAGGCCAGCCCCACGAUAUCUCUGCAAUGGAUUAGCAAGGUUCUCAAGCAGUGAGAGUACCCCCUCAUCAGGAACCCAUCGAGUUACCCAACGGACAUGCAGUCAUGAGGAGGUCAAACCAGCCAGGACUGUACAGUCUGCUAAUGAGAUCAGACAAACCUUCAUUGAAUAUUUCAGGGAUCAGCAUGGGCACACUGUUGUGCCUUCAGCUUCUGUUAUACCCCAACAGGAUCGAACACUGCUCUUCACAAAUGCAGGAAUGAAUCAGUUCAAGGACAUUUUUCAAGGCACCAACCACCCUCAUGCAGAAGGUGCUAAUCACCAGCGAGUUGUGAAUUCUCAGAAGUGCAUCCGGGCUGGAGGUAAACACAAUGACUUGGACGAUGUAGGAAGGGAUGUACAUCACCAUACAUUCUUUGAAAUGCUUGGCAAUUGGUCAUUCGGUGACUACUUCAAGAGAGAAGCAUGUUGCAUGGCGUGGGACCUACUGACCAGAGUAUAUGGCAUUCCCAAGGACCAACUGUACGUCACAUACUUCAAGGGAGACCUGUUACUGAACCUUCAAGCUGAUACAGAGUGUCGAGAUAUAUGGAUUGAACUUGGUGUGCCUCCAGAGCGAGUUCUUCCCUCCGGAAUGGCCGACAAUUUCUGGGAAAUGGGAGGGAUAGGUCCCUGUGGACCCUGCAGUGAGAUUCAUUAUGAUCGUCAUGGUAACCGAGAUGCCUCCAAGCUAGUCAAUGAUCCCUGUUCAGAUGUCCUGGAAGUCUGGAAUCUGGUUUUUAUGGAAUAUAACAGACAAACAGAUGGCAGCUUGAAGCUGUUGCCUCAGCAACAUGUGGAUGCAGGCAUGGGGCUAGAGCGGCUUGUGGCGAUACUACAAGGUGUUGAAUCCAACUAUGAGACUGACUUAUUCUUGCCGCUACUCAAGGCCAUUGAAAAUGGGUCUGGUUCCCGGCCUUACAGUGGGUUAACUGGUGCUUUAGACUCUGACUAUAUCGACACAGCCUACCGAGUAGUAGCGGACCAUGCUAGGAUGCUUACAGUAGCCAUUGCCGACGGCGGGCAACCAGAUUAUUUCAAACGAGGAUAUGUGUUGAAGCGAGUUGUACGUCGAGCUGUGCGCUAUGCAACUGAGAAACUACACGCUCCUCCAGGGUUACUGGCUAGUCUGGUUCCGGUGGUCAUAGACUCCUUGGGUAGCAUGUAUCCUGAACUGAGACAAGAUCCACAACACAUCAUGGACAUCAUCUCUGCUGAAGAACACCAGUUUCUGAAAACUCUCAAAAAGGGCCAGAAAUUCCUGUCCAAAAGUCUAUCCAAACUGCCAGCUGGAUCUAAGCUGUCAGGUGAUGUUGCCUGGAAGAUGUACGAUGGAUAUGGUUUCCCACUUGACUUGACAACAUUGGUGGCUGAGGAACAUGGUAUCCAGAUUGACAUGGAGGGGUAUGAGGGGGCUAGAUUAAAGGCAUAUGAGGUAACUUCUCAAGGAGGCAUGAAGAACCUUGGCCAACUGCCACGGAUCCGCUUGGAUGCAAUCGACCUCAGCAUCUUACAGAGGAAGAAAGUCAAGUUCACUAAUGACUCUCCCAAGUAUGACUAUAGCUACACAGACUCGGGAAAAUAUGUAUUCCCUCCACUACCUGCCCGGGUCUUGGCACUGAAAACAGACAAGGGAUUUGCUAGUGUGGUCAGCAGUGGUGAAGAAUGCGGCAUUGUCUUAGACUGUACCAAUUUCUAUGCCGAGCAAGGGGGACAAGAGUGGGACGAGGGGCAUCUGAACUCAGUCAAAAAUGAGGAAGUAGUCUUUCAGGUGGAGAAUGUGCAAUUGUAUGCUGGCUAUGUGUUGCAUGUAGGCACUGCAGUGGAGACUGUUAAACCUGGUGACAAUCUCAUGCUGUUUCUAAACAAGGUACGAAGACAGAAGAUAAUGCGGAAUCAUACAGCAACUCACAUACUCAACUUUGCUUUGCGGGAGGUCCUAGGUGAUCUGGAGCAGCGUGGUUCAUUGGUUGCCCAGGAUCGUCUACGCUUUGACUUCACAGCAAAGGCAGCUCUUGACCACUCGCAACUGCAACAAGUGACCCAGAUUGUCAAUGACAUCAUCACUAAGAAACAUCCUGUCUACAGAGGGUUGGUUCCCCUAGCAACCAUCAAGACCACAGAGGGAGUAAGGGCAGUAUUUGAGGAGGCCUACACUGACCCUGUGACUGUGGUUUCUGUAGCUGUUCCCAUUCCAGAGGUUUUGGAGGGUGCGGCAGCUAAGCAUUAUCCCGUGGAACUGUGUGGGGGAAAUCAUGUGUGCAAUACUGGUCAUAUUAAGAAGCUGCUCGUCACAGCUCAGCGGCAAGUGAGUGCGGGUGUCCGUCGACUCACAGCCAUCACUGGCAAUGAUGCACUAUCAGCUGACUAUGUCGCCAAUACCCUUCAACAACGAGUAACUGAGCUGGAUAGCCAGUUGAAAUCACUGUUGUGCAGUGACACCAUAGCGGAAAUUACAAAUGUGAAACAAUCCCUGGAUCUACUUGCUACAACCUUAGACACCACCUGGAUAGAAGCCCGGAGAAAGGAAACUAUUAAUCAACAAAUUCAUGCCAUGAGGGAGAAGGUUAAACAAACGGAGAAGAUGGCAGAGAGGUCAAAGGUCAAACAGAUUGUUGGAAGCCUUUACUCUGACUACCAAGAAUCAUCCUCUGAUGCCAAUGUCCCACCUUACCUUGUCCGAAAUGUCACAAAUGAAAUCAACUCAAAGUUACUACUUGAGAUUGCCAAGGAGCUAGCCAAGAUGUUACCAGACACCCCUCUCAUGCUGAUCAGUGGUUGCAAGGACGAUGUGGCUGCCAUCUGCAUGGUUCCCAAGACCAAGGGAAGGCUGUCAGCCAAUGCAUGGAUGGGUCCUGUGAUGUCGGUGCUACAGGGCAAGGGUGGCGGUAGUAUGACCUUUGCCAGGUCACAGGGCAAAGGUCGACAAAAGGUCAGGGAGUGCCUGUCAGUUGCAGAGGAGUAUGCAAGGUUUGCAAUAUGCACAGAAUAACAAUUAUAUGUUUAUGACAAAAAUCAAGCUAGAAUCAGAAGCCAGUCAUUAAUAUGUAUACAUAUUUUGUACCAGAAACCUAAUUGAUUUGUAAGAGAAUUUUUACAAAUUUUUAGAUUGAAAACCUAAUCAGGGGCCACAGCCACACAGCCACACAUUUUUGUUGUUGUAUAAUGUAAGUGCAUCAUUGAAACUUCUUAAUAGAGAAUGACAUGUUAUACAAAAAUUGAAAUGUUUAUGGGUGCAGUGGUAAUCGGCGUAUAAUUUCAUGAGGUGACAGAUGGAAUGUUCCUAUUAUUAAAUUAAUAAUAAUUCCUAGUGGAAUUAUUCUUUCCAUUGCAUGAAUAUGAAACCUUCAUUAUUUGUUUUAUACAACACCUGAAUGAAUCUUGGUCAUCAAGGCCAUAUUAGAGCCAUGUUAUAGCGCCAUCAAUAGUGUGACCGUGCAGUGGAUGGAAUUGUUAUUCUUGCGGCACGGCCAGGCUAUGGGUUGGGACGUGUAUAAUUCAAUGACGUGCAGCAACCCACCAAUCAGAUGACAGGGAUUUAUUCAAGCGUUAUAGAGUACCAAAGUGUGUUGUGUGAAGACAGCGCGGGAACCAUUGGUGAACCAGAACAAAGACAGUUGAUGUCAAACUUCGAUACUCUAUAUAAUUACCAAAUUACGCCUUUGCACUAAUGACAUCACACUUUGUUUACACUGUGAUUUCUUAUGGGUGCCUGGUGAGUAUGGCGGUUUCGUAGCCCCAUUAUAUAUAAUAAUCAUUUAGACAUUUAUAUUGCGCAAACUCCAUAUGUAUAUGAUCAAAUGUGCAUCACAAUUAUUAUCCCUGUUCAUCAGGAAUGAGACCACUUUUUCUGCAGCAGCUCGAGAUCAGUGCAAUUUAGUCUCUACCUUCACAGGUACCCAUUUAUACUCCUGGGUGGAGAAAGGCAGUCUUAGUAAAGUGCUUUGUCCAAGAUCACAAGCACCAUGUUCCCUGUCAGGGUUCGAACCCAUGUACCACAGCACACGAGUCGAACACCGUAACCAUUGGAACACAGCGCCCACUAAAAAAGUGCACAAAUAAUCAAAGUGUGACGUCAUCAGUAUACAGAGGCCUAUUGAAAUUGUGUUGAUAGGAGGCGGAGAAAUACACCUGCUUCCCCCUUUGAUGUUUUUCUCAUUUAGAUACAAAAAAAAUAAUGGAAUGGAUGUGGAGAGCAUCAGAUUUAUUAUGAUGCAGUUAGGUGCUCUCCUUUAGCUGUACUAUAGCUUCAAACUAAAUGUUGGCCUCACCUCAAGCUAUAUAUUCCCUUUAAUGCGUGUAUCUGAUCGUACCAACAUUCUGUACUUCAUCUUGUGCUGGCGGACAAAGUGGGGGAACAAGCAAAUGGUCAACCAGAAGCGUAGGCCAUGGAUUAUCCUGACUUCCAGUCAAUGAUGAACACCCCCCUUUAGGUAUGGAUAAGAGGGGCUAGACAAAUCCAAGUUCCUCCUUUAACUCAACAUUUGCGUCUUUAAGCCUUUAAGAUAUGUUAAAAAUUUGUAGUUGGUUUUCACCAGAAUUGUUGUUGGAAUGCUUAAAAAGUAUAGCAGGUCUGGAGUUCCUUUUAUGAUAACCAUCAUGACAUUGCUGGAAGCACUUCCUGAUUUCCACCGAACUGCCUCUUUGUACAGUAUGUGUAUUCCACUUUAACUAACCAUGAGCGAUGGAAGGUCUGUUGUUGGAAUCUGUUGACAAACUAUUUUCAGCCAAGUUCUGGAAAUAUGCCCAGGUUAUUUGGUCAUCUGUGUUUCCGAUUAUUGUGGUAUGUGGCUGAGGUUAGCAUUGGGAUGACUGAAUUUCACAAAAGAAGGUCAAGGUUAAAUGCAGACAAUUUGCUGUGAGUGUUUUUUUUUCAACUGAUAUAUUGCCAAGCUCAUUUUUUCUUUAUGUAUAACACUGCAUGAAAUUUAAUUCUCCUGUUUUACUUACCAUUUCCAAAAGAAAAGGCUGUUUUCAGUACAUAACCAAAAGAUGAAUGCCAGAUAUACGCCAGAAUUAUGUGGGACAAUUAUAUACAGUCGACUGAAAAAGACAGUGUUGAUUUGAGGGGAAGGGACUCCAUAGAAUGCUUACAGCAUGUAAUUAUUUCAAGUGAUGAAAAAUAUAUAUGUUUUGUAUUUAAUAGCCAAUUCCUCCAAAUAAAUAUAGUUCCCUUGUGUGGGAAUUCUCUUCCCUGACGUA